CUUUGAGCCCAGGUUGUUUUUUUUUGUUACUUCUGUCUCUCUUUCUUUCUUUUUUUUUAUCCUCCCCUUUACUGCUUUUCUCCUUAUUUUCCAAGCUCUUUGUAUAUAUAGAUACCUAUUCUCUUUCUAUCUCUCUAUUUCACAAAUACGAUCCUUGGCUUUUAUAUUAAACUUUUCUUUAUCAAUUAAACAGGAAUAAUGGAUUCUCCAAUAGCAGCCACACCAUCAUCUUCUUCUCCACCACCACCAACAACAAAUAAUGGUACUGUUAAACAUACGGAAGAAGGUACUCUUUCCACUACCGAAUGGGACAAAGACACGAAAUCCAUUCCUCGACUUCAACUUGUUGAUGAAGACCAAAAGUUUACGGAUGUACUUCCUCAAUAUAUGAAUGAAUGGGGACUUGGUGAAGCAGGAUUCAAAUAUAAUGUCGUUGCAGUAUUUGGGUCUCAGAGUACUGGCAAAAGUACACUUUUGAAUGGAUUAUUCGGAACUUCCUUUGACGUGAUGAAUGAAACUCAACGUAGUCAAACAACCAAAGGGAUUUGGAUUUCACGUGGACGUGGUAUGCAUGUGCUUGUGAUGGAUGUAGAAGGUACCGAUGGACGUGAACGUGGUGAAGAUCAAGAUUUUGAACGUAAAUCUGCCUUAUUCUCUAUGGCCACUAGUGAAGUCAUUAUUUUGAAUUUAUGGGAACAUCAAGUCGGUUUAUAUCAAGGUGCAAAUAUGGGAUUAUUGAAAACUGUAUUUGAAGUCAAUCUCCAACUGUUUCAACACAAACAAACUUCUAAAGAAAAGACUCUCUUGUUGAUUGUGAUUCGUGAUCAUGUCGGUUCUACUCCUUUGGCAAACUUGGCAAAAACCUUACAAAAUGAUUUGGAAAAGAUUUGGGCUGGAUUAUCAAAGCCUGAAGGACUAGAAGAUUGUCAAAUCCAUGAUUAUUUUGAUUUUAUGUAUACUGGUUUACCCCACAAGAUCUUGUUACCAGAAAAGUUUGAUCAAGAAGUAGCUCAAUUGCGACAUCGGUUCAACGACCCUCAACAUCCUGACUUUGUGUUCCGUCCUGAAUAUCAUAAACGUAUUCCUGCUGAUGGAUAUCAUGUUUAUGCUUCUGGUAUCUGGGAUAAGAUUCUGACCAACAAGGAUUUGGAUUUACCAACCCAACAAGAAUUAUUGGCUCAAUAUCGAUGUGAUGAAAUUGCAGCCACAGCAUUUGAACGCUUUUCUCAGCAAUUACAACCAUUCAAACAACCUAUUUUGGAAAAGGGACAGACAAUGGAUGAUUUAGGACCUCAAAUGCAAGCUAUUCGACAAGAAGCCAUGGAUGCCUUUGACAAGAAUGCUUCUCGGUAUCACCAAGCUGUUUAUCAAAAAAAGCGUCAAGAUAUGCUCACCAAACUCAAUACCCAACUCAAUGUAUACUUUGUGGGUCAACUCAAGAAUUUGCACAAAAAGGCCAUGUUAUUAUUCGAAACCACUCUCAAACAAGAACUCAAAAAACCCAAUUACAACUUUAGUCAAGUCGUUCAAGAUGCACUUCACCAAGCUACAGAUGUGUUUUUGUCAGGUGCCAAGGCUCUUGUCUUACCUGAUACGGAUUGGUCUUAUACUCACGAAUUGACCAUUUUGGAAGAAGAAUUUGAUGUUCUUUCCACCAAAGCUCGUGCUGAUGAAUUCAAGAAGAUGAGUAAGGCUUUGACGAAACAAGUUGAAAAUGAAUUAUCGGAACCUGUCUCUCUUGCAUUAAAUGAUCCUCAACCUCAUACAUGGCAUAAAAUCAUUGAAGCAUAUAAAUCUACUGUAGAUAAUGGUCAAACUACUUUAGUGAAGAAAGCAAAGAGCUUCAAUUCGACAGAAGAAGAAUUAGAAGAAUCGUUAUUGGGAUUGAGAAGAGAAGCUUGGAUUGUGCUACGCAAAAAGGUGGAUGAAGAAUUGGCAGAUACAAUGUUAUUACUGAAACUAAGAUCAAAAUUUGAAGAAAAGUUCAGAUAUGAUGAACAUGGAUUACCUCGAGUAUGGAAACCUGAAGAUGAUAUUGAUACUUACUUUAAACAUGCCAGAGAUGAUACAUUGAAAUUGAUUCCAUUGUUUGCCAAGAUUGAUCUCCGUGAAGAUGAAGACUUUGAAAUCGAAUCUAACGAAGACUUUGAUUUCCAGCAAACAUUAACAAUUCUUGGAGAAGGCAAACAAAUCGAUAUUACCAAUCGAUUCAAAAGGGAAUCGGAUGCAUUCUAUUUGGAAGCUAAACGAUCUGUUGUGGCAACAACUGCUAAAAUCCCCAUGUGGCUUGUAGGUGUGAUCAUAGCUCUUGGUUGGAAUGAAUUCAUGGCCAUUAUUCGAAGUCCUAUUUAUCUUGUGCUUUUUAUCUUGAUGAUUGCUGGUGGAUACGUGGUAUAUGUAUUGAAUCUCUGGGGUCCCAUUGAACGUGUAUUGACCGUCGUAGCAGGAGAAGUUUCUAGGAUAGCCAAAGAACGUAUUAUUGAAGGUGUGGAUAUGCUUCGGGAACAACAACAACAAUUAGCUCAUACUAGUCCUGGUGUAGAAAUGACUUCGUUACAGAAUAAGGAUAAAAGUGAGUGAUUCUCUCUUUAUUUUUUUUUAUUAUAUUUAUCUUUUUAUAUAUAUUAUAUAUAUUGAUUGAUUGAAUGAAUAAAACAGAAAAUCAUUUUUUUUUCCAUCA